CCCUAGUAAGUUACACUAAUUCCCCUAGUCUCCUACUACAGCACACUAAUCCCCGUCAAACGGUCAAACCUCCUGAACUUUCGUUACUGUCACAGUCGCGUGGUGUGAGAGUUACAUCCGCUAUGCCCUGGUCGGUUGUCAUGUACCAGCAAGUACCAGCAGGUACCAUAUCAAGUUUAUCAACAUAUGGGGAACAUUUCUUGCAUGGUUGAUCAUGUUCCAGACCCUCUGGUUCGCCCCAAAUCCCGAGUUUGGGACCCUCUUCCUUAUCUAUUGAAAAUAUGCACAGAAGAUCCAUACUAAGUACUGGUACACCGUACACAUAACCUUUCGCCCUCACCAGGCCUCCCUAUUCCUUAAGUCCCCAUCAUCAUGACUGAGCACGCUACGGACUCCGAGUCCGCGCCGUUUUCCACUCAAGACCCCCUUCCCGCCGCUGAAGCAUCCACCGACGCCAUUGUCAUGGUCAAUUCACCCAGUAAUCUCGACGCGACCAUGGUGCGGACAGUGUCUUCCAAAGGUGCCGUCAAGCUGCGCCAUCCGGCUCCUGACCUCCAGUCCCUGCAGGGCGCCUAUUUGCACAACGUGGAACGACUGGAGGAGAGCGCCGAGCGGCUGAGCAUGUCCGGUUCCGACCUUGGCGAGGAAAUCCAGAAACUACACCUCGAACAGAAACUGUCCGAUAGCAGGAGAGCGUCGUUGCGAUCGCUGCAGUUGGAGGAGUCCAACAAUUCUCAGAUCCGAUCCCCUGAGCCGUCCAUGAGCUCGCAUGCAAAUUCCAUCGUCGAAGUGAACACCGCCGCACGGUGGGGAGGAUAUUCGCCGGCUGGAUACAUUGGCUCGCCCAUAGGGUCGGGGAGAUCGAGUUCUUGGUCGCAUGUGUCGUUUCCGACUACAUCAAAGAAUCGAAAUCGGUCCGCGUCCAAGGGAUCGAAGCUUGGGCAGGUUGCAACAGAGGAGCAGCCGGAAAUGGAAGGACAAGACGAGACACAGCCGAAAGACAUGCCGCCGAAAGAAUCCCCUUCUCAGGGCCAUGGGCCGAACGUAGUAGGAUCGCCAACAUCGUUCGCUUUGGAAUACGAACAGAUAUCCAGAGACAUCCGCGAUGGCUUCGAGGACGACUCCCAACUUCAACCUCCCGUUGACGGAACGCCGCGAGCCGAAUACCCCCCAGAACACCAAAACCUCAAGCGACCCUCAUCAGCUACCUCUGGCGAUACCUUCCAACAAUCUCGCGCCUUUUUUGAAGAUUUUGACGGUGUGCACUAUGCACCCAGCAUCCGCGAACCCACCGAGCAGUCGAAACCCGACAACGGACGUACCCGACAUUCCUCACUCCUUACACCGCUCCCCCGACCAACAUCGUUUGCGCCACCUACCGACAGCAUGGUGUAUUAUCCUGCGCCCGUCCCCAAACUUUUGAACCUCCCCACACGACUCUCCCAAGCACCGUCGGCCACAUUACAAGCAAAGCGGCGGACACAAAUGGUCGAUUCGUUGCACCCUGACGCGAGGAAAUCUGCUGUAUGGCUCAAUGCGAAUGAUGUACCCGCUGUUGACGAUGGGCAUGUUGAUCCACCCCGUCCAGUUGAGCGUCGAAGCAUGAUGACCCUCAACCUCCCUCCACAGCUACGCGCAAGCGUGUACUUUGAUACGUCCCCAACAUCACACGAGGUCGCGAUCAAGGAUGGGUCGGCCGCGGCAACUCUCGAUAGCAUCCUCGAAGCCUCCGCAACCGCUCCCGUCAAUGCGUUUACCAACCAUCCAUUUGUCGGAGAGAUUGGCGGCGAGGUCUACAAGAAUCAGACGAAGAGGAAAAGCGCUAUGCCUGUGAUGGGUGCCGAGAAGAGAAAAUCCGCCUUGCCCGUUAUGAGUGCCGAGAAGAGGAAAACCGCCGUGCCUGUCAUGAGUGAGAAGAAAGAAGAAGUGCGGAAACGCCACAGCCGGAAUGUGCUUCGAAGGAAGUCUGCUUCAUCAAUUGAUCUGUUGACGACCGUGGCGGAGGACCCCUCGAAGAAUAGCCUCGAUAAACAUGCCGCUGAUGGCCGCUCCGUGCGAUCGGAAGACGGCGCGAUUGCCGCCCGACACCCAUCCGAAUAUCUGACGGACAACCAACUCGAUGCAGGCGAAGCAGAACAAGACGUAUUAGACGCCGACGAUAUAGAAUACGAGGAGGAGGACCCCUACGAAGCGUACGGCCCUCCUACCACCCUCCUCGCCGAGCUCCAGCUCCGCAAGCUCCAACUCAAAUCCCGCUCCCGCACCGCCGCCAAUGCCUUUCCGAACGGCAUGCACGCCACCCUCCUCGAACUCGACGCCGUCGCACAGAUCGAGAAAACCAAACGACGCGGCCAACGCGUCGCACUCGCGUGGCAGGAUCCCGGGGUGUCCGCGCAGGACGAUCAGGACGACAACGAGGAAGUCCCGCUCGGCAUGCUCUUUCCCGGACGCAACGGGCUGCUGCAGAAGAAGAAUAUGGGCAAUAUGAACGAUUGGGACCGGCCGCUCGGGUUACUGGCGAUGAAGGAGCUGGAGGAGAGCGAGCCUCUUAGUAAGCGGCGGAACCGGCUGCUCGGCAUCCAGAGGACGCCCAGUCCGCAGAGGUUCGAACCUCCGCUGGACGGUGCGGUGGAAGAUGACGUCGGGGAGGAGGAAGGUUUCGAAGGGGAGACGCUUGCGCAGCGGCGGAGGCGGUUGAUGGAUAAGGAGGAGUUAGAUAAAGCGCUAGGUGAUUUACCGAGUCGACCGGUGAGCGCGAUGUUCACGAGCGAGCUGAUGAGCACGUGGGGCAUGGACGAGGACGAGAAGAAGAAAGCAGAGGAGCAGCCGAUCGACAAGCGAGCGAGCGCAUUAACCGCAUCUCCCAUGGCAGAGAAAGCCGAGCACCAGGCGGACCGCGUCGAAGUCGAACCCGAAAACGAAACCCUUGGCCAACGUCGUGCGAGACUACAACGCACCGGCGCCACGCAAAGCACCCUCGGCGUUCCCCAACGCUCAUCCACCAUGUUCCUCCCCACAGACUCCCCCAACCUCCCUCCAUACGACGCCAACCCCCCCAUACCUGCCCCCCCGGUUGUCCGCAACCGCCUCUCCAUGGCCGACCUCCUCGCCGCCGCCCCCGCCGGGAAACACGACUCCCGCCGCGUCUCCACGCACGCGCUCGUCUCCGCCCUCCCGCCCACCUCGCUGCUCGGCCAGCACGAGCAGAACCAGGCGAGGCACCGGGCGGAGUUGCAAGAGCGGAAUCGUGCGAGCGGGAUGGGUGGGCCAGGGGCGGGGUUCCCGAGGGGACAGCCGGCGCAGUGGGGUGCGCCGAGCGGGGGUUUUAUGGGGGGCAUGUUUAAUGAUGGGAGUGGGGGGGUGGGCGGUGGGGCGGGGAUGAGCGGAGGCGUUCAGCGUAUGGCGAGCAUGCAGAACAUGCCGUAUCUGGGCGCGGGGAAUGCCGCGUAUCCGCCGAUGGGGAUGGGCGGGGCGAUGAAUGGUGGGGUGAAUCGGCAAACGAGCAUGGGGAUGCCGCACGGUGGGGUGAACGGGUGGAAUCAGAGUAUGCCGAUGUUGGGGAUGCCGAUGAAUGGGAUGCCGGUGAAUGGGAUGCCGGUGAAUGGGAUGCCGAUGAAUGGGAUGGCGAUGCCGAUGGGGCAGCCGGGGUUCGAUUACAUGAAUACCAUGGCGGCUAUGCAGAUGCAGGAUCCGCCGAUGGAUCCGAGGCAGAGGGAGUUGAUUGAUCGGUGGAGGCAGAGCGUGGCGCCGUGAUUAUUAGGCACUGCAGGUUCUUCUGUUCGACGGUCGGCAGUGUACGGUCGAUUAUAAUAAUAUGUCUGUUUAGUGCGAGCAUACCUGGCGCGGCGUUUGGAG